AUGUGGUCUUCAUCCUUGUGGAAUUCUUCCAUCCAUGUGGCCUUCAUACUUGUGGUCUUCAUCCUUGUGGCCUUCAUCUGUGUGUACUUCAUUCUUCUGGCCUUCAUCCUUGUUGCCUUCAUCUUUGUGGCCUUCAUCCUUGUGACCUUCAUCCUUGUGGCUAUCAUACUUGUGGUCUACAUCCUUGUGGCUUUCAUCCCUGUGACCUUCAACCUGUUGGCCUUCAACCGUGUGGCUAUAAUCCUUGUGGUCUUCAUCCGUGGAGCCUUCAUCUGCUUGACCUUCAUCCUCGUGGCGUUCAUCCUUUAUCCGUUGGCAUUUAUCCGUGUGGCCUUCAUCCGUGUGGCCUUGAUCCUUGUAGCCUUCAUGCUAGUUGCCUUCAUCUAUGUGGUCUUCACCUGUGUGGCCUUCAUCCGGGUGUCCUUCAUCCAUGUGGCCUUCAACCUUGUGGCCUUCACACGUGUGGCCUUCAAACUUGUGGCCUUCAUCCUAGUAUUCUACAUCCCUGUGGACUUUAUCCAUAUGGCCUUUAUCCUUGUGGCCCUCAUCCGUGAGGCCUUCAAGCUGAUGGCCGUCAUUCUAUUGGUCUACAUCUCUACGGCCCUCAUCCGUGUGGUCUUCAACCUUGUCACCGUCAUCCUAGUGGUCUUCAUCCGUUUGGCCUUCAUCAUUAAAGUCUUUAUCUGUGUGACCUUCGCCCGUGUGACCUUCAUCUGUAUUACCUUCAUUUGUGUGGCAUUUAUCCAUGUGCUCUUCAUCCGGUUGGCCUUCAUCCUUGUGGUUUUUUUUCCAUGUGACCUUCAUCCGUGUGGCCGUCAUCCUAGUGGUCUUCAUCUUUGUGGCCUUCACCUUGUAGUCUUCAUCCAUGUAGCCUUAAACCCUCAUCCUUGGGGCUCAUCUUAA